GACCCCGUCCGCGCCUCGCCAUGUCGGGUUCUCCGGUGAAGCGCCAGAGGAUGGAGUCCGCACUGGACCAGCUGAAGCAGUUCACCACCGUGGUGGCCGACACGGGCGACUUCCACGCCAUUGAUGAGUACAAGCCCCAGGAUGCCACUACCAACCCAUCCCUGAUCUUGGCCGCAGCGCAGAUGCCUGCCUACCAAGAGCUGGUGGAGGAGGCCAUCACCUAUGGCAAGAAGUUGGGCGGGCCACAAGAAGACCAGAUUAAAAAUGCUGUUGAUAAACUUUUCGUGUUGUUUGGAGCAGAAAUAUUGAAGAAGAUUCCAGGUCGUGUGUCCACAGAAGUAGAUGCCAGGCUCUCCUUUGAUAAGGAUGCAAUGGUGGCCCGAGCCAGGCGCCUCAUUGAGCUUUACAAGGAAGCUGGAGUCAGCAAGGAGAGAAUUCUUAUCAAGCUGUCAUCAACCUGGGAGGGAAUUCAGGCUGGAAGGGAGCUGGAGGAGCAGCACGGCAUCCACUGCAACAUGACGCUGCUCUUCUCCUUCGCCCAGGCGGUGGCCUGUGCCGAGGCGGGCGUGACGCUUGUGUCUCCUUUUGUGGGGCGCAUCCUGGAUUGGCACAUGGCCAACACAGACAGGAAGUCCUUCGAGCCCCUGGAGGACCCUGGGGUGAAGAGCGUCACCAAAAUCUACAACUACUACAAGAAGUUUGGCUACAAGACCAUUGUCAUGGGUGCCUCCUUCCGCAACACGGGCGAGAUCAAAGCACUGGCAGGCUGCGACUUCCUCACCAUCUCACCCAAGCUCCUAGGGGAGCUGCUUAAAGACAACACCAAGGUGGCACCUGUGCUCUCAGCCAAGGGAGCCCAGGCCAGUGACUUGGAGAAGAUACACCUGGAUGAAAAGGCCUUUCGAUGGCUGCACAAUGAGGACCAGAUGGCCGUGGAGAAGCUCUCUGAUGGGAUCCGAAAGUUUGCUGCUGAUGCUGUGAAGUUGGAGCGGAUGCUGACGGAACGAAUGUUCAGGUGCAGAAAACGGCAAGUAGUAGCAUCUGAGGCUGGACCCAGACCUGGGGCCGACUGCACAUGGCUUGUGAUGAAUCGUGCGUUUUUUCAGCAAUCGGAACAGGGACAGAUCAUAGGUUUCUGAUUUUUUUGUAAAAUUUGCCUAAUGCAUUAAAGCAAUUGCUUUUCAAAA